UUGAAAUUCAAAAAACUAGGGCGGAGCAAGACGAAACCCUAGAAAUUUUGGCGCCACAUUCAAAACCCACAAUUCAGAAAGAUCGCCCCUUUCCUUUCCCGACCCGCAAAAAUAAAAAGGGGGGAAAAUUCGGCGCCUCGUUUUAGCUGGGGCACAGCGCACACAGUUUCACUUUCACAGGCAGGCACUCUCCACGUUUCUCCCCACCGAGACUGAAUUACCCAGCGACAGAGGGUGAAAGGUCGUUUCUUUUCCCCGUAACAUCUACUACAGUAAUUCACACCCGAAGACCUUCGCUGUCCUUUUCCCCCACACCAUACCUCGGGAAAAGUUUAGGGUUUCUCCCUUUUUUUAAUUCGACAAAAGUUAGGGCUUUUCAAUCUCACGCCCCUUCCCUUUUAAACUAAUUAACCGCGCAAGAUUAUGCCAGAGUUACUGAAAUAUAAGCGGAGGCUGCGAAUAGCUGAGCAGCAACAGCAGCAGGGAACCAACCUGGGCAUGGAGAAAGCCGACGGUGUUCCGGGGGCAGAAGCGAACGGCGGGGUUGCGGCCAAGGUUGGAAAAGAGGAAGAAGGAGAGAGAGAAAGCGUAGCGGUAGAGGUAGCGAAGGCGGAGGAGAAUGGGUCAAUGGCGGAAGUCCAAGGGUUUCCGGGUGUUGAAGAUGCGCCGGUGAAGGAAGAGUUUAUGGAGGUGGAGGGCUGCGGCGGAGAUCGGAAUCAUGAGGAGAAGGAGAGUGAUGCGAUGAGAAUCGAUCAGGGAGGGGAGAAUGGGACGGAGACUGAGGAAGGAGCAAGUGGGAAUGGUGGUGAGGGAGUGAAAGAGGCGGUGGAUGGGGGAGACCAGGAAGCUGGCGAGGGUACCGAGAAGCUGUCCAAGAAAAGGGGACGGAAGGGUGGUGCGAAAACCCAACGGCAAGAGAGCUCUGACACGCAAGUUAUGGCGAGAGAGCGUCGCAGUACCCGCGAUCGCGUUCCCGUCUCAUAUGUGGAGUCCAAGUGGUUGGAAGAAAGUGAGGCUCCAGUUAAGAAAAAACAGCGGGAGAGCAGUGCUAAGAAGGCUGGAAAGGCCUCUAAAACUGGGGAAGUUAGUGAAACUCGUCCUCCAUUGAAUAAAGUGUACGGUGAUCUGGAUUGUACGAGGAACCGUGAGUUCACUGAGAAGUACUGUCUAAUGUGCCAUCAAUGCCAAAGGAACGAUAAAGGUGGUGUUGUUCGAUGCAACAAAUGUAAAACCAAGCGAUACUGCUUCCCGUGCAUAUCAAAUUGGUACCCUAAGUUGACGCAUGAGGAUGUUGCAGCUGCCUGUCCUUUUUGCUGUAAUAACUGCAGUUGUAAAGCUUGUUUGCGCAUGGAUCUCCGAGCCGAGGAUCUGCAGUCACGGUUGAAAGUGGAACUCACUCCAGAUGAAAGCAAACGACAUGCUGAAUAUAUGUUACAGUCAAUUUUGCCUUUCUUGAAGCAAAUAGACGAGGAGCAGUUAAUGGAGAGAAAGAUUGAUGCAGGAAUCCUAGGGGUGCCAAUUGAAGAUUUAUGUGUACAAGAAGCUGAAUGUCCAAAUGAUGAGCGCAUCUACUGUGACAUAUGCAAGACUGCUAUUUUUGACUACCACAGAAAUUGCUCUGAAUGUGAAUCUGAUAUUUGUCUUUCCUGCUGUCGUGAGAUCCGUGAUGAUAAUCUUCGUGGCAAUGUGCCGAGUAUGGAUAUAAAAUAUGUUGAUAGAGGAUUUGACUACCUACACGGUGGGGCAUGCGAUGAUGCUAAACAUAAAAGUUCACACCGUGUUAUAGUACCUGACGAGGAUGCCGAGGAGAAACCUCUGGCUCUGGAACCAAAAUUUUCAUGGAAAGCAAAUGAAGACGGUACUAUAGCUUGUGCCUGUGGUUCCGGCACAUUAAAACUCCGAACUCUGUUUUCUGGGGAUUGGGUUUCGAAGUUGGUGGAAAGAGCAGAAGGUGUUGGUAAAGGACUUGAUCUUGAUUUGGCUAGGUCCACUUCCAGUACACAAUGUGUCUGCUGUAAUACUAGCACCCACCAUGAAGUAAAAUUCGAUGGGUCAAUGAAGGCUUCAUCCCGUGAAGACUCUAGUGAUAAUUACUUGUUCUAUCCAAAUGCUAAUAAAUUUACAGAAGAAGAUUUUGUGCAUUUUCGCCACCACUGGAUGAAGGCUGAACCUGUACUUGUUAGCAAUGUGCUUGGAACUGGAUCUGGCCUAAGCUGGGAGCCUAUGGUCAUGUGGCGUGCUUUCCGCCAAAUAAAAAAUGAAAAUUACGACACACUCUUGGAUGUGAAAACACUUGAUUGUUUGGACUGGUGUGAGGUGGAUAUUAAUGUGCACAAGUUCUUUGAAGGAUACUCCAAAGGGGAAUUUGAUUUGGAGGGGUGGCCUCGGAUUUUGAAGUUAAAAGACUGGCCACCAUCUGCUAUGUUCCAUGAACGUUUGCCACGGCACGGUGCUGAGUACACUUGUUGUUUGCCCUUCAAGGAGUACACUCAUCUUGCGGAUGGGCCUCUGAAUCUUGCAGCCAAACUUCCCGAGAAGUCUCUGAAGCCAGACAUGGGACCAAAGACAUACAUAGCCUAUGGGUUUCCCCAAGAGCUUGGCCGUGGAGAUUCUGUGACGAAGCUUCACUGUGACAUGUCUGAUGCGGUAAAUAUUUUGGCACACACAAAAGAGAUUGCCUAUAAAAGCAGCAAACUUGCUGAAAUAGAAAAAUUGAAAAAGAAGCACUUUGAGCAUGACCAAAGAGAAAUAUUUGGUAUUGGCGAAGCUUUGAAUGCCAUCGAUAAAGCUAUGAAAGUUGGCAGCAAUGAAGUUGACCAUGACCAAAAGAAUGAUGAAAAGUUGCGGGAGAAUACGUGUUCACAGGAAUCGGAACUGAAUUCUUUGGAGAGCCAAGUCGACAGGACCAAGUCUGAUGAAGGGUUCUGCUGUGUGGAGAUUAGAGUGGAAAAUGAUUGUCCUGAGGAAUCAAAAUUCAACGAUUUGGAGAUGCAAGUCGAAAGGACCAAGUCUUGUGAUCUGCUGAACAAUUCGCAGACGGAAGUGGAAAGGACCAAGUGUGGUGUUGAAACUUCAAGCAGUUUGGAGACGAAAUUAGAAAGAAGCAAGUGUGGCGAGUUGCCAAAUAGUUUAGUGGACGGAGGUGCUCUAUGGGACAUCUUUCGAAGAGAAGAUGUUCCCAGACUGCAGGAAUAUCUUCUCAAGCACUUCAAGGAAUUCAGGCACAUUCAUUGUUCCCCGUUGCAGGAGGUCAUCCAUCCCAUACAUGAUCAAACCUUUUAUUUGACCGAGGAACAUAAAAAGACGCUGAAGGAAGAAUAUGGUAUUGAACCAUGGACGUUUGUCCAGAAACUUGGUGAUGCUGUCUUUAUCCCUGCUGGCUGUCCUCAUCAAGUGAGAAAUUUGAAGUCGUGCAUCAAGGUUGCAUCAGAUUUUGUCUCGCCUGAAAAUGUUGGAGAGUGCAUCCGUCUGACAGAGGAGUUCCGCCUUCUUCCACUGAACCAUCGUUCUAAGGAGGACAAGUUACAGGUGAAGAAAAUGUGUCUAUAUGCUAUGAAGUGGGCACUGGAAAUUCUACUCCCUCGGGAAGAAACAGUAGUGGAUGGGGAAGACUCGGAAAAGAAAGAUGAUGAAUCAAAGGACCAAAAGAAGGCGGUGAAGAAGAAGAAGAAGAAAUCAAAAAAGUCCAAGAACUAACGAGUCUGGCUUCACGUGAUGUAUAUUCUCAGUCCAACUUUCAGUCCCAGUAGUCAUAACUUAUAAGAAGUGAGUCCCUCUCUCCAUUCCCAGGCAGCUAGGCCAUUUUAUGGGUCUCUUUUGGCCAAGAGAUUAUAAGGAGUUUGUGUGGGGCUGGGAGCAAACUGUAAUAUACUUGCAUAGUCUGAUAAUGUGGAAUCUGUAACAUGUAAUGCUACCCUUACCCCUCACGAAGUAUGCCAACUAUGUUAUAUUUGAAACGAUGGCUCUUUGGAUCCCUAGUUCUUAAAUAUGAUCUGAAGUUCUGACCAGAAAAAAUCGUUUGCACAAUUUCCUGAGUUGUGACAAAUGAGAAUGCUGAAUUGAAUGAACUGCACUAAUUGGCUGCUCCAUGCAUGGUGCUGGAUUUCUGAUAUUUAUCAUGAUUGCUUCAUCACUAUCUGCCUGUCAUGGCGUCGUUGGAUGAGUCGCGAUGAUGUUUCCCACGAGAAU